AUGGCUCCCUUAGACACCGAUUCCCAGUUCAAGUUCCUCAUCGCCUGCAUCAAGCACUCGACUGCUGGAAAGGUCGACUUUAACGAGGUCGCCAAGGAACUUUCCAUCAUCACGAAGGGUGCCGCAGCUAAGAGAUAUGAACGUCUCAUGAAGGCCCAUGGAAUCAGCUCCCCCAGCAGUGUUAAGAAGGAAUCCAAGGACUCCAAGGAGGGCGUGAAGACUCGCGCCACACCCAGCAAGAAGCGCAAGCUUGCCGCAGUUGACGAGGAUGCCGGAGAUGUCGAUGAGCCCAUCAAGAAGGAGAUUAAAGGUGAAGUCAAGACCGAAGAUCCAAUCGCCGUGAAAGCGGAGCAGGAGAAUAGCAGCAGCGCGAGUACCAUUGCACCCGGUGUUACAUCCGUCAACGGGAUAGCACCUACGGGUCAAACAAAUGCAUCGCCUUCCACCAACGCACAAAAUGACGAGGAUGACGAUGACGUCUUAGUCAUUUGCGCGACGGAGAAGCGUGAUGAUAGUAGUGGCCUCGUCUACGGCGGUGGUCACCACCAUUCGCAUUCGCAUUUGCACUCGCACUCGCACUCACAUUCGCCUGCUCCGAUGAUUCCGGGGAUCCAUUCAUUUGAUUACCCUGCUAACACCGCUUUCCCUCAACAGUUUCCCACUCCAACGACUCCGGCGACGAUGUCGCCUAAUCCUCUCCCUUAUGGAUUCUCACCCAACACAUGGAUUUACCCACACCACGAGACACAUAGCUAUCAUUAG